GGAGGCGGCAUCAGCUGUGUGCUGCAGGACGGCGAGGUGUUCGAGAAGGCGGGUGUGAACGUGUCCGUCGUGUUCGGGCAUCUGUCCGAGGAGGCAGCGCGGCAGAUGCGAAGCAGAGGGAAGUCUCUGAAGGCCAAAGAUGGAAAACUGCCUUUUUGCGCCAUGGGUGUGAGCUCUGUUAUCCAUCCAAAGAACCCUCAUGUUCCAACCAUGCACUUCAACUACAGAUACUUUGAAAUUGAGGAAGCAGAUGGAACUAAACAGUGGUGGUUUGGUGGGGGGACUGACCUCACUCCAACUUACCUGAAUGAAGAGGACGCUGUUCAUUUUCACAAGACUCUGAAAGAAGCCUGUGACAAGCACGAUCUGAAGCUGUAUCCCAAGUACAAGAAAUGGUGUGAUGACUACUUCUACAUCAAGCACCGUGGCGAGCGAAGAGGGAUUGGAGGCAUAUUCUUUGACGAUGUGGAUUCUCCCUCCAAGGAGGAAGUAUUCCAGUUUGUGAAGAGUUGUGCCAAAGCUGUUGUGCCUUGUUACAUUCCCAUUGUGAAAAGGCACUGCCAUGACUCCUUCACACCAGAGGAAAAGCUGUGGCAGCAGCUUCGGAGAGGACGGUACGUGGAGUUCAACUUGGUUUAUGACAGGGGUACAAAGUUUGGCCUUCUGACACCAGGAUCAAGAAUUGAAAGCAUUCUUAUGUCUCUGCCACUGACUGCAAGGUGGGAGUACAUGCACAUUCCUCCAGAGAGCUCCAAAGAAGCAGAAAUCCUGGAGGUUCUGCGCAAUCCCAAAGACUGGGUACACUGACACGGAUUGUGAACAAGAUGGAUUGCUUACACUGAGCCAUUAUGAAAGAACAAGAAUGCCUGCAAACCAGCUCAUUCAAACUGCUGUUGCAUGGCAUUUUAGUAGAGCUAUUUAUACUCUUACCUCAUGCCUUAAUAAUGCUGUAGACUUGUUAUAACUUGCAAAUAUAUGAACUAAUUCUUUAAGAUUGAUCAGCUAUUGGUAUCACCCCAUGUUGCUGUUGCCUUGUGAAGGACUGGCACUACCCUC